UGUAUAAGCAGGCUAAAGCUCCAAAUGUCAAUGGCAAUGGGAGAACUCUUGACAUUUUCUCAAUCCUCUUUACUUCUACUGCCUAAGUGUCAGCUCCAACAUUCUCUGCGAGCAUGGAAUCCCGCUGCACAGAAUCUAGCAUCAACAUUAGCAGUUUCCUCUGGGCAUUUCUUAGCAACGAAGUUAGUGUUAUCUCCAAUUAAGUGUGUACCAAAAAAACACGUUUUUGGGGGGAUUAGAGCAACUGUCAUCUCAGAUUCUAAAAUGCCUACUACUUUCACAGUCGAUUCAGCUGGGGAAGGGGUUGAUGUGCUACCAGACACUGGAGGGGGUGGAAAUGACUUUGGCAAUGCAAGUGGUAAAGGAGGAGGUGGUGGUGGAGGCAAUAAUGGGGGUGAUAGUAACGAUAGCAAUGAGAGUGAAGGGGAUUCAGGUGAAAGCAAGGAUGAAAACCUUGGGAGCAGCAAGAAGACUGCACUUUCCAUGUCUCAAAAGUUAACAUUAGUCUAUGCUUUCUUGGUAGGAGCAGGUGGACUCAUGGGCUAUUUGAAAAGUGGCAGUCAGAAGUCAUUGAUUUCUGGUGGACUAGCAGCCUCGCUACUGUAUUAUGUCUACACAGCUCUUCCUACAAAACCUGUUUUUGCUUCAUCCCUUGGUUUUGGGUUGUCUGCUGCUCUCUUGGGAGUGAUGGGUUCUCGCUUUAAAAGAUCAGGAAAGAUUUUUCCAGCUGGUAUUGUCUCGCUUGUGUCCCUUAUCAUGACUGGGGGCUAUUUGCACGGAAUAAUGCGCACUGCACACUAAUGAUGUUUAAGAUGCAUAAACUUGUUAGGUUUUCCUUAUGUUUUGCUUGUUGCGAGGUUUGUGAUCUAUGACCGUAUUUGUUACCAUCUUGUUCAGGUACUUAAUGUUUACUUUUCUGCAAGAGUUUUAAUGUUUGAUUCUGGUUGGAUUACCUUAUAAUCUCCAGAAGAGCAGACGUUAGUUUCUUUUACCUUAGAAGGGAGUAGAUUUAGGUUCACAAGUGGGAAAUCCCUGCUGUUUCAAGGGAAGGGGGAAGUUGGAUUUGCAGGUUACUUUGGUCGAUCACUUGCCCUUGAAGCAGAAACUUUCAAAAUUAUUUUGAAGUGCUUGUCA